AUGUACUUAGGGUGCCUGCUAGACUACCUACCACUGCUCCUGACUCCUACACCUGCAGUAGACCCUACUCCUCCUCCUGCAGUACACCCUUCUACUACCACUGCAGUAGACCCUUCUCAUACUCCUGCAGCACACCCUUCUACAACCCCUGCAGCAGACCCUCUUCCUCCUCCUAUUAUUGCCACCCUCACUCCUCCCCUUAUUGUUAUUACCCUCACUCCUCUCCCUGACCCUACUUCUAUACCUUCCUCAUCUUCUGUACCUCCUUCUGAGACUGUCACACCACUUGGUGAUCCAGAUUCAAGUGGUGAUGCUGAAGAUCUUGACCCGCCCCUCCAUGAUCGACCAUGGAUUGAGCCCUAUGGUAAAGGGUUUAUUCCAUCUAGGGUUGCUUCCCAGGCCAUCACACGUUCAAUAAAGCAACAGUUUUUAAGUCCAUGGCCUACUUGGGGAGCAAUACCUCAUGACGACAGAAAGCCAAUCUGGCAGCGCUUUCAGAUGAAGGUGCAGUGGAAACCUGAGCAUGAAAGUCAGAUACACAGAAAUUUCCACAUGAAAGCAUCUCAUCGGCUGUCAGAGAUGUUUAGGGAUGCCCGCAAUGCAGGACAGCGCCCUAACUGGCUGGGUGAACACAUUUGGAACUCUUUACUGGCCCAUUGGAAUACAGUAGAGUUCCGCAAUAAGUGUGCCAAAGCCCAGCGGAACAGAGCGUCUGAAAGGGGUGGCACCUUGCAUACCGGUGGGUCGAUCACCAUUCAUGAGCAUGUGUGGGUUGCAAAGAAAUAUCAUUUCUCUGAAACCUGCUCUGCAUUUUACCGAAGGCUUUUGCCCUUCGGUAAAUGCCCACAGCAGGUCAUUACCGAAGGCUUCUGCCCUUCGGACCGAGGCACAAGAACCUGCACGUUUUCCAGUAAAGCAGGGUUUCCAUCUGACAGAAAGAGCUACGACCUCGGUUAA